GUUCCACUUCUCCUUUGUCCUUACCCCCUUCUCUCUGCUUCUCUGGAAAACUCUCUGUUACUUUAACUCCUUUUGCAUUCCCCCUCUUUUUUUUUCCCCUUUCGUUUGCUUCCUACUCCGGCUGGAAAUUCGGAAGAGUUCUCCAUGUUCUUCUUUGGAUUUUUGGCUUGAGACUUUGAUGCUUUCUUUGGUGUCAUCAAUUUGCUUGUUUUGUGAGCUUCUUUGAGAAUUUGGCGAUGUGUAGGAUAGUUAUCGAGCGUUUCUUUGAAUUGGGUUUUCGUCUUGACAUUUCUCCUGGUUUUCUCUGCGAUGUUUAACUGGAACGACGAAGAGCUUACAGAUAUAAUAUGGGAUGAGGCUGGCGAGGGUGAUGACCAUAUUGUACCUUAUCCAGACGCAAGUGAAGCCAAGAAGUGGAGUCAAGAAGCUAAUAACUCUAAAUCAAAUGAACAGAAAGCACCUGGCACUAAAGCUGAUAUCAUUGGCAGAAAGCUGGGUGACAGUUUAAACUUUGACUCCAGUGAAGGACCUUCUGCCUCUGGAUUUGACAUAGACUCAUGGCCUAACCUGUCCUUAUCAACCACUUCCAAAGUCGAUCAGGAUUCCUUGGAUACAUCGUUAUCUAAUAACUUAACUGAAAUUGCAAAAUUUGAUUCUUCUGGAGGCGCAGAGACAGUUCAACUUGAUAAGGAUACUGAAAUUUUUCAAAAAGGUAAAGAACAAGGUUACUUUGUCGAUUAUGGCUGGGCUAAUAUUGGAAGCUUUGAUGACCUUGAUCGAAUUUUUAGCAAUGAUGAUCCUAUAUUUGGCACUGUAAGUCUCAGUAAUGCUGAUGAGCUCUGGUCUUCUUCUAAAGAUGUAACUAACAGUCCAGGAAAGUCCUUUCCUAUUUAUGCUGCCUCUCCAUCUUUGGGAUUAGGGCCUUUAAGGAAUACAUCUGAGAGUUCGGAGAUUAAAUCUGAGUGCAUACAAGAUGAUGACCAGACAUAUACACUUGACUAUGGGAAAGUGAAUGAUCCUGCAUCUCAUGGUCUGCAGAAUGCAUGUGCUGUCUUUGAUCAUGUAAAAUAUGCUGGAGGUAAAAGUAAGCCCACAGUGAAGGAGCAGAAUGAUUUGACCAUAAUGGGAAAGAACACUGCAGCAAACCCUCAGCUAACAAUGGAAAAUGUUGGUGCACCAAAUGAAUUGGGGGAUAAGGUUUAUAAGCAAAAGAAACCCUUGAAAAGUCGGAAAAGGUUUGAAGACCAGAGUGAAUUGGCUCUGUACCAAGAUUUGUAUGGUAACUGGUCUUCAGCUCAGAAUCUAUCUGGUCAAUUUAAGAAUCAAUUUGCUCCCACCAUUGUACCUUCCUCUCCUUCAGUUCUUAGUCAACCAAGGCCACUACAAGGACCUGAAUCAUUGCAGUAUCAACAGAUUUCAAGUCCAUUAGUGGCCCCUUCUGCAUACGGGACUGUUCCAAAUCCAUAUUCUGCCAUGCCUGUGCUGUCUCACAUUCAGUCUGGGGAAUUUAAGCGGCAACCCAUUCUUUCUGGUUAUGAAAUUUCUUCAAGUAAUGCAAAUCCUGUAAACAAGUUAGCUGACUCAAUGAUAAAACCUCAGACCAUGACACCUCAGGAAAAAAUUGAAAAAUUAAGGAAACGACAGCAAAUGCAGGCAAUGCUUGCUAUUCAGAAACAGCAGCAGCAGUUUGGUCAUCAAGUUUCCUGUAGUGAUCAGUCCAUCAGUCAAAAAUGUUCCCUAGAAAAUCAAAUUCACCAUGUUCAGGGAGCAGAUCUAGAAGUGGAGGAUCCAAGCACUCUUCCUGCAUUUGAUCCAAACUCACCAGUUGAACAUGAUGAUUCCAAUACAAUCUCUCUGGUAGUUAAUGAUUAUUCAGCAGAGGACACUGUACUCUACCAGCUUCAAGAUAUUAUUUCAAAGUUGGACGCCAGAAUUAGACUCUGUAUUCGAGAUAGCUUAUUCCGGUUGGCUCAAAGUGCAAUGCAACGGCAUUCUGGUAGUGAUACUGGCAGUACCAACAACAGUAGCAGAGAUGAGAAAGUUGUCACAAAAGAGGAAACAAGAGGUCAUAACAGGAGUGCUAAUAUGUCCCAGGUGGAAACAGAGACCAAUCCCAUAGACCGAACUGUGGCCCAUUUACUGUUUCAUAGACCUUUGGAGUUGUCAGGAAGGCAUCCUGAUACCCCUGACUCACCUGCUUCCACUAAGCUACCAACUGAACAGAAAGCAUUAGGCAUGGCAAAACUGUCAAUGAGGUGCUUGCCUGAGGCUUUAAACAGCAAACGGAUCUUUUUUCACCAAGGAUCUAAAGAUCCCUGUCCUAUGGCUGAUCCCCAGCAUGUCCGUCAAUGUAAAAGCACUGUUUGCAAUGACACCUCAGAUAAUGCAUCAAACAAUGGGCUUGCAGAUGAGGGAGCCAAGGAUGUGGAAGCCUCUCAAUGACCAAAUAAGAAAGCUAUGCACUUGAGAAUUUUAUAAGGCCAAAUUUAAUCAACAUCAAGUGGGAGUUACUGGAGCUUAAACAGUGAGAUUUUGGGAGAUUCAAACAACGCUGGCAGCUUGACCAUGCAUGUUGGGAGUACUAUUGUUUUAUCAAACUACUUGUCUAGUAUCAGAAUACUGACUGUGCUUUAUUCUCUAAAAAGUGAUCAAAGUUGGAGACUCUGUAGUGUGUACUCGGCCCAUUCCAUCCUUUUGUGUGUGAAGCUACUUGAUAACAUCUUUAAAUAAGUGUUAGCAGACUUGAUUAGGCAUCCUGUCUCUUAAGUGACAGCGUCCUGUUCUUUCAUAACUUCCUGAAUCCUAAUUUGCAAACAUUAGAUGCAUAUUCAUUUUUCAAAUUUC